CAUUCAUGUUCAACGCCGAAAUCAAAAUAUUUCCAGAGACGGGGGUUGAACUUCAACCCGAGUCCCUAGAUAUCGUUUUAAAACCUUCUUUUUUAAAACAAUUAUAACAGCCCAGAUGGCUGGUUUACCUCCGGGUGACCCUCAGCUGGUCGCCAUGAUCGUAAAUCAUUUAAAAACACAGGGACUUUUUGACCAGUUCAGGAGAGAUUGCUUGGCGGAUGUCGAUACAAAGCCUGCGUACCUGCACCUGAGACAGCGAGUGGACAACUUUGUGUCUAAUCAUCUCUCUAACCACACAUGGAGUCCUCAGCUCAACAAGAACCAGCUGAGAAACAGCAUCAGGCAACUCGUGCUCCAGUCGGGCUUGUUGGAGCAGGGAGUCGAUCGGAUUGUCGCGCAGGUCGUUGACCCCAAAGUUCAGCACACCUUUCGGCCGCAGGUGGAACGAGUCGUCCGUCAGUUUCUGUCUCCUGGCAACCACGUGGAGGAGGAGGAGCCUGCACAAGCCUUCAUGCACGUGGGGGAAAACCAGGACGCUCAGCUGCCGUCUCCAGCGAGCUCCUCAGCUCCGUUCUCAGACUCUGCCCUCUCUCAGAGCCACGAUCCCUCUGUUCUAAAGACGCAGGAUGGAGGAGAGGAAGACAUGAGCCUGGUAGAGGAUGAUGAGAAGGAAGUAGAGAGGACAAAGGAGGAGGAGGAGGAGGAGGAGCAGGAAGAGAAGCUGGGAGGGAAUGACGAUGAGACGAGCAAAGAGCGGGAGAAGGAGGAGGAGAGACAGAAAGAGGUGGAGAUGAUGGAGGUGGAUCAGCGGUCAGAGGAGCCUGAAGAUGUCAAGAAGGAGGAAGAGGAAGAAGAGCAAGAGGAGGAGGAGAAUCAAAAGAAAGGAGAGGAGGAAAAAGAAAAGAAAGGAGAGGACGUGAAAGAGAAGAAAGGGUCGGGAAAGAACAGGGAAGAAAGCAGCACCGACAAACUGCACAUUCGCCAGAAAGCAAGAGAACGACUGAAAGAAGAAUACUCUCUGGAGGACUCGGAUCUGGAGGGUUUGAGCGACAUCACAGUGAGUUCAGUCCACACGAGCGACCUUUCGUCUUUCGAGGAUGACAGUGAGGACGAGGAGCCUCCUUCUGAAUCCACAGAGGAAGGAGAGAUCACCUCAGAGGAUGAAAAGCUUCAGAAGAAGGCUGCCGGAGAGGAAUCUGAUGAGAAUAAGGAGAAAAAACCUCGUGGUUCCCGCCAAGGCUACAUUCACAAACCUUUCCUUUACUCCCGUUACUAUAGCGACUCUGAUGACGAGGUUACAGUGGAGCAGCGACGUCGUUCUGCAGCAAAGGACAAAGAGGAAAGACUGCUGAAGCGCCAACAGAACCGGGAGCGUCUUGAGGAAAGGAGGAGGCAGAAGGCAGCACAGGCAGAGCUGCAGGCAGAAAAGGAAAAGCAGGAGGUUCAGAGACCUCAAGCAAAAGAAGCACGGAAAGAGAAGAAAGUUCUGGAAAAGAAAGUGGCACUCAGCAGAAAGAGGAAGAGAGACUCACGGAAAGAGGACGACUCUGGCAGCAAGAAGAAGAGUGACGGAGAUCCUGAAUCUGUAAAGAAAGAUGAUGCAGUGAAGUCCAGAGCAAUCUCUCAGAAGCCUGUUAAGAAGCUGUCUGAGGAAGAGCAGCGGAGGAGGAAGAGCAUUUCAGAGGACUCGGGCGAGCCACGCAAAAUCCUUGACAAAAACCGUACACACUCGUUCAUCCUGGACCUGGAGCUGGGAACUGAGGAGGCGCUUCGACAGCGAGGCAGUGGGAAGAAUGAGCGACAUGCUCGCAGAGAGAGAGAGCGAAAAGAGAGUGAGAAAGAGCGUGGUGUGUCAGAUGAGCGAGCCAGGUACAAACAGAAGCCAGAAAGUAAGAAAGGAGGAGAGGCUGUGGCAGAGGAAAAGGAGGGAGGGGUGGUGAAAGGUACAGUUGAUGACAAAGUAGAGAAAAAAGGGUCAAAGUUUAAAGGAGACAAGAAGGGCUCAGUGUCAGCAAAGGAGGGAAGGCUUUCUGUGACGGAGGGAUCAGCCCCAGAGGAGGGAACGAGCAAGGAUUUGAAGAAAGAAAAGCUGUCCUCGGAGACUAUGAAAGAAAAAAUAAAAGGGGAGAAAUCAUUGGGCAAGACUGAACCAAAACAGCAUCGUCUGGAUUCCACUGGCUCCACAGAGGAGAGGUCAGAGGGUGAGGCUGCUUCUGAUUUCAACAGGAAGAAAGUCAAGCAAGCUAAAAACAUUUUGAAACGGUCAAAAAGUCACCCUGAGAUUAAAUCUCUAGAGAAGAUCAAGGUCAGGCAAGAUGGCAAAGAUGUAGGUGCUGGUAGUAAAGACAAGAGCUCCACCUCAGAGGUUACCAAACAUAGCUCAGACAUAAAGGUCAAGAAUUCAGAGGCAGGUCCAAAGGUCAAAUCUGUGUCAGAAAAAACAAGAUCCAAGUCCAGAGAUGACUUGAAAUCUCAGAGUCCAUUAAUGACCAAGACAGACAAGAAAGCCCAAGGUCCAGAAGCCAAGGGUAAAGCAGGAGCGGCCCCUAGCAAGACUGACUACUCCAAGGAGAAGAAAAAGGAGGGAGUGACGAAAGAGGAUAGGAGAUUCUCAGAAGACCGUGAGAAAGGGAAGGACGCAAAGAGUACAAAGAAAAUGACUGAGAAGAAGUCAAAAGACUCGGAGAAGAAGGGAGGAGACAGUGAGAAUGAAAGAAGAAUCUCGGAAGCAGAUGACCUUUCUUCCAGUUCCUCUGUUCCAUCAGCUGUUGCUGAAGAGGUACCGAGUGGAGGCAGAAUGGCUUCUCAGCCUUCAAACACUCAAGCGCAACAAGCUUCAGUGUCCCUCACAAUGUCUGAUCUUACAACUCAGCAAGUCUCAGAGUCUCUUGGCGUAUCAGAUCUCAAAACCCCACAGGUGUUUGAGUCCCUUACAGAGUCUCAUGUCUCAACCCCACAUGUCAUGGAUUCUGCUGCAGAGUCUGGUUCCACAGAUCAAUCCAUCUCAGAGUCUCUUAGAAAGUCUGAUUCUUCUUCAGAUUCACAAGCUAUGGAUACAGAUUCUGAUCCUGCAGCCUUACAAUCCACAGAUGUGGAGUCUAAUUUUACAGCCCCACAAGCCAUGGAUACAGAGUCUGAACCUACAGCACCACACGCCAUAGAUACAGAAUCUAAUAUUACAUCCCUUCAAGCCAAUGCUGCAAAAUCUGAAUCUCCACAUGUCUUUGAAGUACCUACAGAAUCUUCUGAAAAAGAACAAAGUCAACCUACUGAGCCUGAUCUUACUACAACACCACCACAAUCCUCAGAAUUAAUUUCAGUGUCUGAUCUUACAGUCCCUCAGUCCACAGAUUCACAUCAAAGAUCUGAUCUCAUGAAUCCUAACUACUCAGAGCAUGAUUUCACAGUUCCUGAAACAUCAGACUUAAAGCCAAAUACUGAUCUCACCCUCCCUCAGUCCUCAGACUCAAUCCCAGCAUCCAUUCUCACUGUCCCCGAGUCCUUAGACUCCAUCUCAGACUCUGAUCUCACAGUUGCCCAGCCCUCAAACUCAGUCCUAGCAUCUGAAUUUACAGUCCAUCAGGAUUUUGGCACGGUUCCUAAUCCGCUUCCUGCUGAUGAUAACAGCACCUCUGUCCCUGAUGACAUGUAUGAUGCCCUGAGUGACAUCACUCCAGAUCCUGAAGACGAGGAGGAGGCCACCAUGAGACUGGUUGAGAGCCAGCCUCAGCCCCGUCCCAUCCCUGCAGAGGCAGACGCACUCCUUUCCUUGAUGGAUGUCUGUGCUUCUGUAGCUGUAAGCAACUCCGCUGGUACAUCUGUUGGACAGGAAGCUGAGAGUUCGUUCCUGGAUGCAGAUAUAAAAAUGAAGGAAGCAGCGCUCACGUUACUCUCCAUGGAUCCAGAUCAGGCAGUUUUGCCAAGUUUUAUCGCUGAAGAUGCACUUGUUGCUGGGCAGCAGGUGGAGUCUUUGGCCUCAGACCUGGUUGACAGGACAAGUGGGAUAGAGCCGCCUAAAGAAGUUACGAAUGAUUCUGAAAGUGAAUCUUCUGCUCGUGACUCAGAGGAAGGAGCCAAACACACUGAAGCUCUAGCCAGCACAGUCAUUGAUGGAAAGGCCACAGACACAGUGUCUAUAGAGGAAGCAACGUCUGAGAUCAACAAUGGUGAAACUAAAUCAAAAGCAAAGUCUGACGUUUCUAGACCAGAAAUCUCUGCUAAUGAUGAACCAGCAGGAGAAUCUGCUGAGAUUGAUUCCAGCCAAAUACACACACACACUCCGAGUGAAAGCAUACUCGCAGCUGAGGGCACAAAGAGCAAAACAGAGAACACUGUGCAAGAUACCCGGGCGCAAGAGGCAGAGGUGCAAAAAUCACAGGCCCAGGUGCAGGAGGCGCAGGAGGCCAAGAUGCGGGAUGUGCAGGAGGCAGAGGUGCAGGAGGCAAAGGUGCAAGAGGUACCAGAGGUUCAAUUGCAGGAGGUAAAAGCAGCACAGGAGCAGGAGGCACAGACCCAGGAUGUGCAGACGCAAGAGGCAAGGGAACAGGAGGUGCUGGAAGCACCGGUUCAGGAAGCACAGGCAGAUGAGACAAAGGCACAGGAAAUGCAGGAGUCCCAGGCGCAGGCGUCCCAGGCGGUGCUGGAGGCCCAGGUGCAGGAGGCCCAGGUGCAGGAGGCGCAGGAGGCAGAGGUGCAGGAGGCAGAGGUGCAGGAGGCAGAGGUGCAGGAGGCAAAGGUGCAAGAGGUACCAGAGGUUCAAGUGCAGAAGGCAAAAGCAGCACAGGAGCAGGAGGCACACACACAGGAUGUACAGAUGCAAGAGGCAAGAGAGCAGGACGUGCUGGAAGCACCGGUUCCGGAAGCACAGGCAGGUGAGGCAAAGGCACAGGAAAUGCAGCAGUCCCAGGCGCAGACGUCCCAGGCGUCCCAGGUGCAAGAGGUACCAGAGGUUCAAGUGCAGGAGCAGGAGGCACAGACCCAGGAUGUGCAGAUGCAAGAGGCAAGGGAGCAGGAGGUUCAGGAAGCACAGGCACAUGAGGCAAAGGCACAGGAAAUGCAGGAGUCCCAGGCGCAGGAGUCCCAGGCGCAGGAGUCCCAGGCGCAGGAGUCCCAGGCGCAGGAGUCCCAGGCGCAGGAGUCCCAGGCGCAGGAGUCCCAGGCGGCGCAGGCGUCCCAGGCGGCGCAGGCGGCGCAGGCAUCCCAGGCGACAGAGGCGCAGGCGACAGAGGUGCAGGAGUCCCAGGCGGCACAGGAGUCCCAGGCGGCGCAGGCGACAGAGGCGCAGGCGACAGAGGCGCAGGCGACAGAGGCGCAGGCGACAGAGGCGCAGGCGACAGAGGCGGCGCAGGCGACAGAGGCGGCGCAGGAGUCCCAGGCGGCGCAGGAGUCCCAGGCGGCGCAGGAGUCCCAGGCGGCGCAGGAAUCCCAGGCGGCGCAGGCGACAGAGGCGCAGGCGACAGAGGCGCAGGCGACAGAGGCGCAGGCGACAGAGGCGGCGCAGGCGACAGAGGCGGCGCAGGAGUCCCAGGCGGCGCAGGAGUCCCAGGCGGCGCAGGAGUCCCAGGCGGCGCAGGAAUCCCAGGCGGCGCAGGCGACAGAGGCGCAGGAGUCCCAGGCGGCGCAGGCGACAGAGGCGCAGGAGUCCCAGGCGGCGCAGGCGACAGAGGCGCAGGAGUCCCAGGCGGCGCAGGCGACAGAGGCGCAGGAGUCCCAGGCGGCGCAGGUGACAGAGGCGCAGGAGUCCCAGGCGGCGCAGGCCACAGAGACGCAGGAGUCCCAGGAGGCGCAGGCGACAGAGACGCAGGAGUCCCAGGAGGUGCAGGUGUCACAGGUGUCCCAAGAGAAGAAGAUGGAGGCGCAGGAAGCAAACGCACCAGAUGCCCAGGAGGCACAGAUGCAGGAGGUGCAAACCCAGGAGGCACAGAUGCAGCCAGCACGUAGAGGGCGACGUCCAAAAUUAGUUAAACGGGCCAGUAGUGCGUCUAAGUCAGAUGGACAAGAAGAGGACAAAUCUGAUGUGUCAGAAGGGGAUGAGCGUUUGGAAUGCAGAGUGACCCGCAAAGGACGAUGGUCCAGUCAGAGAGCCGCUUCAGCCCAGGAAACUGCAUCCAAAGCUCAAAGUCAGGAGGCCAAAGACACGGAGACUAACAAACCAUUGCAUAAAAAUAGUGAGGAUGAGGAGGCUGAAGAAGGAAGUGGAAUUACACAGAAAAAAUCUUCUAAGGUCCCAGCUGCUUCACAGAAAGAAGCUUGUAAAUCAUCAAAGCCUGAAGAAGCAGAGACAACGGGAGAGGAAGGAGAGCAAAAAGAGGUGCGUCGAGGAAGGCGUUCUGGAGCUCAGACGACCCCUGCAGUGAAACCAGCACUGAGGAGAAAGAGGUCUGACCAAACUGAGGAUCCUGAGAAAGAGGGAAAAGUGAGUAAAAUGGAACUUGCAGCUGAGGAGAAGGAAGAGAAGCCCAUGAAGAGAGCACGACAAGAUAGUGAGAGUCUGACUGAGGAAGAAGAGGAAGGAAAAGAGCAGAAAAAAGAGGAGGACCAAGACACAGAGAGCUCUAAAGAGAAAGCUGAGGAAGAGGAACCAGUGAGAAAGACUCGACGCCGAGGCAGAUCCUCAAAAAACACUUCUAAUGUGGAUGACUCCGGUGCAAUUGCAGCCCAAGAGAAGAGGGAGGGAGAGACGGAGACCGGAGAAGAGGAUGAGAAACAGGAAGAGGAGGAAACAAAAAUUAGAGCCACAACACGUUCUGUAUCUCGGCUGGAGGCUGAGAAAAAUAAGCCAAGUAAGCCAUCAACCAGAGCAGUGAGCAAGUUGAGUGGGAAAGAAGAGAGUUCUCCAAACACGCGUUCCUCUCGUUCUAGUGCUGCUCCAGUAAGGGGCCGUAAAGGCGAGUCGAGUUCUCCAACACCACGGACUCGUGCAGGCCACAAAACUGAAGAACCACCCUCAAAGAGAACCAAACGAUGAUGUGAAUUUGUAUAUAUUAUGUAUGUAGCCCAGUCACCUUUAUGCUAAUUACGUAUUUCUUGUUUGGUGCAACCAGAGUGACUCUGUGUGGCUCUUUCACUGUAAUUACAUCAUCAUUUAGCGUGAUCACGCCCACCUGCAGAUCUCACACAGAGACGUGUUUUUAACAUCACUGACACUCUCCUGUUGACCAGCUUCAUUCCCUCAGGAUUGUGACCAAGCAUAUAAGUUUUAUAACCAGCUAAGAUUAGCAUGUAUGAGCAGUACUGAAUUGUUCUUAAUGGUGUAAUGUUUGUCUGUUUUCUUCUUGUGUACAGUUUAUCUCCAAAAUGUUUUGAUCUCAAAACAUAUUUUCUCAGAAAGUUGUGGACAAAUCUGUUUACUCCAAGUACAAACCCAAAGUGUUCUAGAAUGUGCUUUCAGAAAGUCCUAGAACCAGAACUAUUGCUGUGAAGUUGCUAUAGAAUUCCAAGUCUCCAACUGUAACACAACAGAACGCUUUUUCUGUUGGAGAACAUGAAAAGCAUGUGUUCUAGAACUUUUGGAAAAUGUUCUAAAAUGUGUUUUCAGAAAUACUUAGACCCUGAACACUUUUUUUUAAGAAAAGUGCUGAAUCAGACCGUGCUCUGUUGGAAUCCGAAGUGUUCUAGAAUGCAUUUUCAGAAUGUUCUAGAACCACUAUAUCACAUGAUCUGAGGUAAAUCCUUAGUGUUCUGGAUCCAGGAGGCUGUGGAAUUCCACGAACAAUAGCACACUUUGCUUUCCCUGUUGGAAAACUUGAAAAGAGCAUAUUCUGGAACUGUCUAAAAUGUGCUGUCCAAUAUAUUUCAGAAAGAACCACCCUGUGGGUUUUUAUCCUGUGUUCCACUAGGGUUCUAAAUAGUGUAGGUAGAGAUGGGUAAACCUGGAAAAUUGCGUGAGAAUCAACUUCAUUACACAUAUACUGUUGGGGAAAUGCAUGCUGUUUCCUUUGGUUCUAUUUCAGAACAGGUAUCCAUUAUGUACACAUUUUAAAAAUGUUUAGAUGGUCAUUCUGAAAGGAACUCCGCUACUAGACAUGUGCCAAUAAUCAAUAACAAAUUUCAGAUAGAGCAUUUGAGAACUGUUUUUUCCUUGAAAUCUGGCAAGGUACAUAACAUUGUGGAAAUAUCAAAACUGAUCAUCUAAACCUUGAAAAAACCCUUGGUAAAUGAUUGUGAUAUGAACACACAGCUCAAACCAAUCCACGUUCAAUACAGUACCAUCUACAAUCCUACCGAAAAGGUUCUAUCUAGAUGUCCCCCCCCUAAGAGUGUACUCAAAGGUUACUUGUUCCACACAGUGAAAAAAUGUUUAGUUUAUUAUCUCUUUUGGUUCAUUUUGUUGUGUACCCGCUGAGCCUGUCAGUGAGUUCAGUUGCAUGUGUGUUGAUCCUGUUGGCGUGUUCAACAUGAAGACAUUCAUUCUGUGAAUGUAAAGAACUGAGCUAUUUCUUUUAUACAUUUAGCUUUUAUUAUAAAGGCCACUGGGACCA